AUGGAGUUAACUCGGACCAGACCGUCUUUGUAUGGUGACAUAGCCCAUGGACUUGGAUUCUGGACAGACCGGACAGCGGUGCAUGAGGCUGCAGCUCAGGGCAGAGCUGUGCAGUUGCAGAAGUUGAUUGAAGGCGGAGCAGCGGUCAACAUAGUGUCAGUGGACUCCAUCACUCCUCUGCAUGAGGCGUGCAUACAAGCACAGACUCAGUGUGUCAAACUGCUGUUGGCUGCAGGAGCACAUGUGGAUGCCCGUAACAUUGAUGGCAGUACCCCCCUGUGUGACGCAUGUGCAGCUGGAAGCUUGGAGUGUGUCAAAGUUCUGUUGGAGUAUGGCGCAACAGUCAAUCCUCCUCUGUUUACUUUCUCACCACUUCAUGAGGCCUGCAUGGGAGGUAACUCAGAGUGUGUUCAGCUCAUGAUUAACCAGGGGGCUCUGCUGGAGGCACAUGAUUGUCACUAUGGAACCCCUCUCCACGUGGCGUGUGCCAGGCAGCAUCAUGACUGUGUCAAAGUCCUUCUGAAUGCUGGUGCAAAUGUGAAUGCUGCCAAGAUUCAUGAGACUGCCCUUCACCAUGCAGCAAAAGUGAAAAACACUAGUUUAAUAGAGCUACUUGUGGAGUUUGGCGGAAAUGUUUAUGCCAGAGACAACUUGGACAAAAAGCCCAUCGACUACACAAGUGUUGGCUCCCCUUCCUAUUGCUGCCUGGAGUUUUAUGAGAACACACCGCUGAGUCUGCAGCAGCUCUCUCGAGUCACACUACGCACAGCACUGGGCACUAAAGCUCUGGACAUUGUCUCCACUUUGGACUUGCCCAAUCGCAUCAUUCAAUUUCUGUGUUACACUCCUCCUCCAGUUUUUGAACUAUAA